AUGGUGAGAAAAGGUGGUCGCCUUGAGCGUCUUCAUAAGAGAACACUCUACGAAUGGAAAAAUGCCCAUCGUCCAACAAAGCAUCGCCAUCAUAGACACAAGCGUCGUCGUCACGAGCGAGAUGGUGGGAUGAGAAUUGAGCAUAUACUAGCACAAAUGGACUCAUUUGUUCGUCCACGAUUUGGACGAUCAGCAGGAUUUCUUCGAAUGCUUCCAUGA